ACCAAUUACUAAUUGAGAUGCCUGCUAGAAGCUUAAUAGCGAGACAGAGAUGGGAGCUGAGACGAAAAAGGGUACACGCAACCAUCAAUAAUACCUAAACAACAGGCUUGAGAAGACUUGUCAUCUAAUCAUACAAAUUACUGACCUCCGUCAUCAUCAUCAUCUUCUUCUCUUAUCUAGGCCAGUAGCUAUCAUCAGUUGCAUAUGUCUCUCUAGAGUCUAGAGUUGACAAGUUUGCAGCAACAGAUAGAUCGAUAGCUCUCUCAAUCACAUGAACUCCUCCACCGCCACCGCCAUGGAUCAAACAGGCAAGUACUGGGGCAUGUGGGGAGCAAGCAGCAGCAGCAGCACCAGCACCGCGAGCCCCAUCUCUGCUUGGGCAGCGGCGUACGGCGGCAGCAGCGAACCGUCGUGGGAGGAGCAGGCCUUUGCGCGUGAUGCGGCGGCGCACCUCGGCGGCUGCGUGUGGCCGCCGCGCUCUUACUCGUGCACCUUCUGCCAGCGCGAGUUCCGGUCGGCGCAGGCGCUCGGUGGCCACAUGAACGUCCACCGCCGUGACCGGGCUCUUCUCCGGCAGGGGGGCUCGUCGUCCCCUGAUGACGUGCACGCCCCCAACGACGAUCAGUCACACCCACAGCAAGGUGCUCUCCUGUACAGGGCAGCAGCAGCCUCUAACCCUAGCACCACUACCACGCCGACUACUACUACUGCAGCUGCAGGUACUACUACUGCCGGCUCAGCAGCAGCCAUGGGCCAGGAUGGGGAUGCCAACACCACCACUCCUACUUCCUACUUAUCAACAAUUAUCAAGGAGAGCAAGAACAAGCUCUUCAUGCCCAUACCAGAUCACUCUGUGGCGGAGAUGAGAGAAGAUCAGGCGGCCAUAGAUGAUCAUCAGUGUGAUCGUCAUGACGAUGGCGACAGCGUGCAGUCAGCCAGGAAAAAGAGGAGGCGUUUGGAUCAUCCAUUGGCAGCGGCGGCGGCACUUCUGAUCUUUGUGCAGCCAACGGCAAAGGCCGCUACCGAUGUUUCACAAGAAGGAAGAGCUGAUCAUGAGACAAAGGUACCACAAAUGACAACCCCAACAAGCCCUAGCUCUAUUUCCCCUCUUCUGGAUCAACGACAGGAAUUAGAUCUAGAGUUAAGGCUUGGGACUACUCCAAAAGUUACAUAUAUGGCGAUACACAAAGCUAGCUAGUAUAUACUUCUGCAUGCUAAUUAUUAAGGAGAUCGAUUUAUUGUUGAGUUUGUCAUAUCAAUACUCUUUCUCUUCAUCGCUUCACUCCCCCGUUGAUUUUGUUUCUCAUCUUUCUCAUUUCUCCCCCCUUUUCCUUUCUUGUGCUAUGAGACCAUACCGAUUAUUACAUUUUUUUUGUCCAAAGAGCUAUACAUACCUUUCUCCCUCUUUCAGUUCAAUCUCAACUGUUGUUCUUGUUUCAAUACAUAAGCAGUUACAAGGAUAUAUUGCUGUU